UGGAGGCCACUCCCGGCCUCUUAGAUCAUGAUAAGAAGCGGGAGGCAAACUUGUUUGUCUUUCUCAGCAGAGUUUUUGGCAGGGGAGGACAUCAAUCUCUGGUUUAAUAAAUGGAGAUGACAAAGGAUGAAUUCAAGGAGGUGGACUGGAACCAGAUUUACGAGGAUGAGACCCCACCUGCACUGGACUUGGAGACGGCACUGGAGGAAUGUAACCUCGCCCUCCAUCUGUUUCUGAACAACAGGUUCGCCGAUGCUUUGGCUUCAUUAGAACCUCGGAAGAGUCAAAGCAUGUAUCAUGCUAUGGGCUACAGCAGUAUCUUACUGAUGCAGGCUGCUAUGACCUUUGACCCCAAGGACAUGGACGUUGCCAUGACAUCGAUGAAGGAGGCUCUGCACACCUGUCAGCGAUUUCGGAGGAAAACUGGAAUAAUGGAGAGCUUGGCCAAUUUUUGGCAUGGACAACCUGAGGACAAUUUGACAGAGGAGGAGAUGCACGCUGAGCUAUGCUACGCUGAGGUCCUGAUGCAAAAGGCAGGGCUCACUUUCCUGGAUGAAAGCAUAAUCAGUUUCAUCAAAGGAGGGAUGGGAAUGAGGAACAGUUAUCUGAUAUACAAGAAUUGUCAGGACAUGGAAAAUGCUAUGGAAGCGGCAGAAAAAGAGAAGAGCACACACAUUCAUUUUCGAGGCGGUGUAAACAUGGGCAUUGGAUCAUUCAACCUGAUACUGUCCAUGCUACCAUCCAGAGUCCUCAGACUCAUGGAGUUUCUGGGCUUCUCUGGAGACAGGGAGCUGGGUUUGGCGCAGCUGAGAGAAGGGGCGGCAAGCAACAGCCUGCGUUCCAUCCUCAGCACCUUGACUCUGCUCAUGUUUCACCUCUAUAUGAGUGUGAUUCUUGGUGAGAAAACGUUUCUCUAUGUGAAGUUGAUUUUUUUUGCUGGAGAUGGUGAAGUUAAUCUUCGUUUUUCCCCAGGUACUGGUGAAGGAAACCUUCCUGAGGCUGAAGCUCUGCUUAAACCGUAUGCUGAGAAGUUUCCAAAUGGAGCCCUGAUGCUCUUCUACACCGCCAGAAUCGCUGUGCUUAAAGGGAACUUCACAUUCGCUCAGGAGAAGUUCCUGGCAUGCAUAGCAACCCAGGAAGAGUGGCGUCAGAUUCACCACCUGUGCUACUGGGAGCUGAUGUGGGCAUACUCUUUUGAACAAAACUGGGUCGAGGCGUAUCGAUACGCCGACCUGCUCUGCAAGGAGAACAAGUGGUCCAAGGCCACAUAUGUGUUUCAGAAAGCAGCUAUCUUAAGCAUGCUUCCAGAGGAAGAAGUGGACAAGCUGGGAGAAAAUGUAGUGGAACUGUUCAGGCAGGUGGAAGGGCUCAGAUUAAGAAUCGCAGGAAAAUCGAUUCCCACCGAGAAGUUCGCCGCAAAGAAGGCCCAGAGAUACUCCUCCCCGAUCCCUCUGAAGCUUGUGGUCCCUGCUUUGGAAAUGAUGUAUGUGUGGAACGGCUUCACAGUAGUCGGAAAAAGGCCAGAGCUGACCGAGAACAUCUUGUCGACACUGGAGAAAGCAGAAGAGAAUCUCAGGAACGAUUCAGCGCCGACAGAUUACCACAUGGAUGACCUGUGCGUGGUGCAGCUGCUGAAGGGGCUGUGUUUAACGCAGCUGGGACGCCUGGUUCAGGCUGAGAUCUGCUUCAAUUUCGUCAUCUCCAGUGAGAAGGAAAUAAAGCACGAAACCUAUCUGGUACCAUUUACCAUGUAUGAGCUGGGUUUGCUGCACAAGCUGAAAGGUGACAUUAAUAAGGCCAUCACAGUCAUUGAAAAUGCAAAGAACAACUACAGGGACUACAGCAUGGAGUCCAGGCUGCACUUCCGCAUCCAUGCGACCCUCAACACCAUGGGCUCGUUCGAAGCCAAACUUCCUCCUUCACGUACGCCGGCUUGAAAGAUUGGAAGAUGGGCAGAGCUCAUACCUAAAACUGUACUCCAAAUCAUCUCCAAGUCAACUCUGAAUCCACACCCACUCAUUUUAGAGUUGCACCUCUGUUUUAUUUACAAAUAUUUGGAUGUAAAAAUGUCACUGAAUAAUGCUGAUGUAUAAUAUCUACAAU